GGGGGCGUUCACUGUCACAUUCAUGCGUUACAUAAAAGGUGAGAGACGUUCACUGAUCCCGUCCAUGCUGCGGGGAGCUGAUCUGGAGCUCAGUCCACAACAGAGAAAGAAGCAUAUAAUAGUCUCAGAUCGUUUUAUCAGAAGCUCAGCAGGCUGAAGUGAAAGAUGGCGGCUUCCUUGCUGAGGAUAGGACGACUGAGCUGUGUCAAGUGUUUGCGGGCUGAGAGCUGGAGUACUCUGAGUAGAGCACCUGCAGCUGCUGCCCUUAGCACAAAAUCCGGAGGUUCCAAGAAGCCUUCAAAGAAGAACAAAUCCGACAAAGACCAGGCUAAAACAUACUUCGAUAUAGAGAAACUUGUCCAGCACAAGUCGUAUGAAUUUCCCAAGAAAGAAGUGUCUCCGGCAGCAGUUGCUGCAGCAGCAGAAGCUGCAGUUAAAGCAGCCACACCCUCUUCUGCUACACUUGAGGAGGUGGCAACCACCACUCCGGUAGAAGCUGCUACCCCAGCAGUUGAAGCAACUCCCAUUGUUGAAGAGUCUCCUGCUGUUGAAGCAGUGUCUGAAUCUGCAUCAGCAGUUGAAGCGGCACCUGUCGUUGAGGCUGUUGCAGAAGCUGCACCCAUUGUUGAGGCUGUUGCAGAAGCUGCACCCGUCGUUGAGGCUGCCGCAGAAGCUGCACCCGUCGUUGAGGCUGCCGCAGAAGCUGCACCCGUCGUUGAGGCUGCCGCAGAAGCUGCACCCGUCGUUGAGGCUGUUGCAGAAGCUGCACCCGUCGUUGAGGCUGUUGCAGAAGCUGCACCCGUCGUUGAGGCUGUUGCAGAAGCUGCACCCGUCGUUGAGGCUGUUGCAGAAGCUGCACCCGUCGUUGAGGCUGUUGCAGAAGCUGCACCCGUCGUUGAGGCUGUCGCAGAAGCUGUUGUUGAGGCUGUCACUGAAGUAGUUGCAGAAGCUGCACCCGUCAUUGAAGCGGUUACUGAAGUGGUUGCUGAAUCUGUACCAGUGGUUGAAGCUGUUGCUGCAGCAGCUAUAGCUGAAGUUGUUGAAAGUGCUGUAGCAGCGGAAGUUCCUGCUGUUGAAGCUGCACCAAUCCCUGAAGCAGCUCCAGAAGAACCUCAAGUUGAAGCUGCUCCAGAAAUCCCUGCUGCAGAAGCUGCACCAGUUGUGGAAGCUGCUACUGAAGUUGCCCCUGCUGACACCCCUGUAGAAGCUGCUGCAGAGCCUGUGGUUGAAGCUGAAGCCGCCCCUGUAGAAGCUGCUGCAGAGCCUGUGGUUGAAGCUGAAGCCGCCCCUGUAGAAGCUGCUGCAGAGCCUGUGGUUGAAGCUGAAGUCGCCCCUGUAGAAGCUGCUGCAGAGCCUGUGGUUGAAGCUGAAGCCGCCCCUGUAGAAGCUGCUGCAGAGCCUGUGGUCGAAGCUGAAGCUGUCCCCACUGAAGCAGCUGCUGAUGCUGCAGCUGAAGUUUCUGCCCCCGUGGAGAGCACCGGGGAGCUGGUGGACCCAGCUCCAGUCGUAGCUGAAGCUGCAGGAGAGGAUCUGCAGGCGGACGCCCUUGCUGAACCAGUUGAACCAUUUGAGGCUCAAAUGGAUCCAAUUCAGAAGCUCUUCUUGGACUCCAUACGCGAGUACUCUACAAGAAGCCAGGCUGCUGGUGGGCUAAUCGAUGCAGGUUCAGAGUAUGAGAAGGCAUUGGCAGAGGAGGUAGCAAAGCUUCAGAGACUUUAUGGUGGUGGAGACCUCACAUCUUUUCCAGAGUUCAAAUUCACAGAGCCCAAGUUUGAUGAGGUUUCCCAGAAGUGAACAUCAGCAACUGAACUUUUCUAAUGUCGCCUUUUCCCUGUACAUCUGUGUUAACAGUCUGCUAAAUGUCAGUGUUACAACAAACUAUUGCCUCUAGCUUUGUGUGUGGGAAUAAAGCUGUUUAAGUAGCUAGGUAUUUUAAGGGAAUGGAAGCUAAAGCAUUAGAUGUACAUUUUUGGCAGACAGAGUGAACUUAGAGCUGUGAAAUAAGCUUUGUGUAGAUUGCUCCAUGGCUGAACUGUGUGUGAAUAAAAACAAGAAAUUCCAGUUUA